AUGUGCUCGGAUCUGUUUGGCCAGGAAACGAUGUACUCGAUGUACUCAGCGCUGAUAAAUCGACAGGCCGUGCUGAAGACAAAUCGCCAUUACGGUGGCCGUCAUAACUACAAGGGUACAAAUGUGGUGAUGACGCAAGGCACUCUUGAUCCGUGGCAUGUUCUGGGUAAUGAGACCUGCGACCCUGCCAAUAACUGCUACCUGAUC